CGGGAAAGGAUUGUGGGUCAGUGGGAAUGGGAGUACAGAUAUAUAGUUAAGGCGUAUAAUGUUAGUGAUUUCGAGUCUAAUGGGAAGGAGGCGGGGAUGAAAGGGAGCGGGGAGCUGAAUGAAGGUAUUAAGACAGACAGUUCUGGUGGAAUUGCGGGGGCGGGUACGGCGAAGGUGUGGACGCAUGGGUUCAAUCACCAGGAUACUGUUUGGAGUGACAUAGGGGUGGAUUUGGCGACUCUGCCUGCUGAGCAGGCUGCAGGUGAUGACCAAGCUGAGGGUGGCGAGCAGGCAGCUGGUGUGGGAGGUACUGAAGAAGAAGCUAAGCAGGAAGACGGACUAGAGGAGGAGGAAGCUGGGAAGGAGGAAGAACCCGCGGAUCAGGAAGAAGAAAAGACCGAGGCAGAGGGAGGAGAUGACGAAUAGAAUGCGAAAUAGUAGCCACUGGGUGGUAGGGUAUUAACUGGAGAGGGCGGAAGGGAAGGGUGAGUGGAAAUUCUGUGCAAUACUUGGGACUGACGCCCGCUCUUAUCGACCCCUGCAGUGGCUG